AUGUCAGGGCCCAACCCGCCAGCAGCCGGGAGCAGCCGUCUGCCGGCCGUUCACGAUGCCAAGGCCACCUGGGAAUUUCUUGAACCCGGCAUUGAUCUCAUGAUGACUCGCCUCAAGGAAGGCAUGACGUACCCGCGCUACAUGGAGCUCUAUACGGUCGCCUACAAUCACUUUACUUCUUCAUCCUUGGCUUCCACGGUUGCUGCGCUCGGCCGUACUGCUGGACCAUUUGGCUCCAAAGGAACCAACCUCGUCGGUGCGGAGCUCUAUACGCACUUGACCUCGUACUUCCGCACGCAUCUCGAGCAGGUCCGCACUGGUUCCGACGGUCUCUCGGAAGAGCCUCUACUCCGCUACUACGCCACAGAGUGGGACCGCUACACCACAGGCGCCAAUUUUGUCCACCGCCUCUUUGCCUACCUUAACCGUCACUGGGUCAAGCGCGAGAAGGACGAGGGUCGCAAGUACGUCUAUACGGUUUACAUCUUGGCGCUAGUGCAGUGGAAGGAGCACAUGUUCCGCUAUGUUCAGCAAAAGGGACGACUGGUGCAAGCAUUGCUCAAACAGAUUGAAAAGCAGCGAAACGGCGAAGUCAUUGAGGCAUCGCUCGUCAAGAAGGUGGUCGACUCGUUGGUGUCGCUCGGCCUCGACGAGGCUGACACCAACCGACAGAAUCUCGACGUCUACCGCCAAGAAUUUGAAAAGCCCUUCAUCGAGGCCACCGAGGUCUAUUACAUCGCCGAAUCGGACGCGUUCGUGUCGCAAAACACUGCCACCGACUAUAUGAAGAAGGCCGAAACCAGGCUCAAGGAAGAGGAGGACCGCGUCGAGCUCUACCUCCACGCCUCUACACGCACGAAGCUCAUCCCCACCUGCGACAAUGUGUUGGUACGGCGCCACUCGACCAUGCUCUCGGAUGAGUUCCAGCAGCUUCUUGACUUGCAACAGGCCGACGAUCUGUUCCGCGUCUAUACCCUCCUUUCACGUAUUCCUGAAGGACUCGAGCCACUGCGACAGAAGUUCGAGGCGCAUGUCAAGCGCGUCGGUCUGGACGCGGUUGAAAAGGUCAUUGGAGGUGGCGAUGGUGGUGCCGCCACAAAUGGUGCAGCAGGAACAGGGGCAGGAGCAGCAGCAUCUUCGUCUUCGGCUGCCACCGCUCCUGCCUCUGCAGCCAGCGACUCCCUCGACCCUGGAGCCUACGUUUCUGCUCUGCUGGACGCUCAUCGAAGUAACCUCAACACCGUCAAUCUUGCUUUCCGAGGAGAAGCAGGCUUCCUCGCCGCGCUCGACAAGGCUUGCCGUGACUUUGUCAACCGCAACAAGGCUACUGGAACGUCGACCUCGAAAUCGCCCGAGCUGCUCGCCAAGCACACAGAUGCGCUGCUCAAGAAAUCCAACAAGACGUCUGCCGAGAACUCGCUCGAAGAGGCUCUUACGGAUGUCAUGGUGGUCUUCAAAUACAUCGAGGACAAGGAUGUCUUCCAAAAGUUCUAUUCGAAGAUGCUUGCCAAACGGCUGGUCAACUUUGCGUCGGCAUCGGAUGACGCUGAAGCUAACAUGAUUUCGAGGUUGAAGGAGGCGUGUGGAUUCGAGUACACCGCCAAGCUCGCAAGGAUGUUCACCGAUAUGGGGCUGAGCAAGGAGCUCAACGACAAUUUCAAAGAGACGAUGGCCAAGAACCACGACAAGGCGGAGCUGGAUGUGGACUUCUACGCGCUGGUGCUGGCGAACGGGUUCUGGCCGCUGCAGGCACCGACGACCGAAUUUUCGAUCCCCACGGAGCUGCUGCCGACGUACGAGCGCUUCCAGCGUCACUACUCUGCCAAGCACUCGGGGCGCAAGCUGACGUGGCUGUGGCAAUUGUCCAAGAACGAAGUCAAGGCCAACUACUUGCAGCAGAAGCUGCAGUUCCAGACAUCGACGUUCCAGACCGCCGUGCUGCUGCAAUUUAAUACGAACGAUGCGCUGACGAAAGCGGAGUUGCAGCAGGCGACGGGGUUGAACGAUGCGACGAUCAAGCCGGUGCUAGCGAUGCUCUCCAAGGCAAAGGUCCUCCAGCCGGCGGAUGGCGGGGAGGCGUACGAGUUGAACCCAAACUUCAAGUCGAAGAAGCUGCGGGUGAACCUCAAUCUGCCGAUCAAGUCCGAGCAGAAGGUCGAGUCCAACGACGUACUCAAGACGGUCGACGAAGAUCGAAGGCUGCUGUUGCAGGCGACGAUCGUGAGGAUCAUGAAGAGCAGGAAGCAGUUGAAGCACCAGGUGUUGAUCCAGGAGACCGUCGCACAGGUGUCCGGCCGAUUUACCCCCAGGAUCCCGGAUAUCAAAAAGGCGAUCGACCAGUUGAUCGACAAGGAGUACCUCGAGCGCGUCGAGGGUCAGAAGGACAUGUAUUCGUAUCUCGCUUAG